AUGUCAUCAGCAGAAGCGAUCAUCGAUGACCCUGCAGUGGUUGUCGAAGAGAAGGAGCUCGUCCGCUUCGAACGGGCAGACGAGUACAUCUCGCUCCUCUCUCAGCUAGUGCAGGCCGGCACUAGUCCGACCAGCAUUGCUUCGACAUCGUCAAGGCUGGACGCCACGACCAAGACGCCAGAUGGCGUACUCGGCACGCUCAUCAGCAUCCUAGACGAGUACCAGGACCAGUCGAACCUGCUCGACCCUUACCUUGAAUGUAUCGUGUCACCCCCCGUCAAGGCACUUCAGCUUCAUGUACACUCCCUUGCCAACUCCCAAGAUGCCGACACUUGCAACCAACUGCCAAUAGAAGCAGUGACUCGACUAAGCAAGCUCGUCUAUGCCUACACAAAGGUCCGCGGAUACAAGACCAUCGUGCACUACUUUCCGCAUGAAGUAGCCGAGCUGCCAGCGACACUAGCUUUCCUUGAGGAUCUGCAAACAUCCGCCGCCGGAAAUGAGGAAGGCUGCUGGGAGCUCCGCUACGUUUGCCUUCUCUGGCUCUCGCUCAUCUGUAUGAUUCCAUUCGAUUUAGCCAAGUUCGAUCAGCCAGGCCAGGCAAGCACGGAGACGACUGCCUCCAGGAUCGCAGCCGUAGCGAAUCACUUUAUCACAAGUCCAGGAAAGGAACGCGAUGCAGCUGCAGUGGUUCUUGGUCGACUGUUCCAGCGCAACGAUGUUCAGCAGAAAAAUCUCUUCAACACUUUCCUCUCCACCAGCCUUGACGCACUUAAGGUCGGCAAGGUCAGCCCCUUCCACGCCACAGGAAUCCUACAAGCACUAUGCGAGAUUCUCAAAACCAGCGAGCCCACCUUUGUGGUGACGCAUCUUGCUGCAAUACAGAGCAUUGUCGAUGCAUGCGAUACAGAACACAAUGCUGCUCUCGCUGGCAACGGGCUCAUCGUCAAGUAUCAGACCAAGCUAGUCAGUAGGUUAUCACUCAAGCUGUUGCGCCCACGUGCUCGUCGACAUGCGAACAAGGUUCAUAUCCUUGGCAGUAGCGGACCCCAGAGGGUCUCCAACGAGAAGGAGGAAGAUGAUGACGAAUCAGACAUCCCAGAAGAGAUUGAAUCUUUCAUCUCGUACCUCAUCGAGGCUUUGCAGCACAAAGACACAGUAGUACGCUACAGCGCAGCAAAAGGUCUGGCUAGACUUUGCGACCGCUUGCCCAACUCAUUCUUGGAUCAGGUUGUGGAAGCAAUCGUUUCGCUGUUCCACAUCAACAUACCCGACCUAUACAAUGGCGCGACGGAUCUCAGCUCAGUCUCAGAACACACAUGGCAAGGCGCCUGUAUGGCCUUAGCAGAGCUCGCUCGUCGAGGACUGCUCUUCGCUGACAUGCUGUCGGAAGCAUUGCCCUGGAUCUUGCAAGCUCUGCUAUUCGAUGUGAGAAGGGGCGCACACUCGGUAGGGGCCAAUGUCAGGGACGCGGCAUGCUACGUUGUGUGGGCGUUGGCGAGAUCGAAUGAUGUCGAGUCGAUUCGACCGCAUGCGAUGGACCUGGCGAAGAGGCUGGUUGCAGUGGCGACACUGGAUAGAGACGUGUCGAUCAGGAGGGCAGCAAGUGCCGCGUUCCAAGAGUCGGUCGGAAGGCUGGGCUUGUUUGCGCAUGGAAUCGAUGUGAUCAGAAUGACCGACUUUUACGCUGUUAGUGUUCGGCGGAACGCUUUCCUCGACUGUGCAGUCAAAGUAGGUGGCUUUGAAGAGUACAGAGGAUAUUUGGUGGAUCACUUGCUUCGCGUCGUGACUGUUCACUGGGAUCCAGCGAUGCGUCGAUUGGGAGCGCAGUCGGUGGCGCUCAUCGCAAUGCACGAGCCCGCUCAGCUACUUGCAGAGAUCACAACUCGACUCAGCAAGCGCAUCGAAACAGCCGACAUCGCUGUUCUGCAUGGAACGCUGCUGAGCCUUGCUGAACUGUGUCGACUAUCCCGGACGCUUCCAAGCGACCAAGCUGCGGUAAGAGAGCGCGUUCGAGCACAAGCCUUUGACCUUCUCGAUUCGGUCCGCCCAAGUGUCUUCCGCUCCCUCGGCGCAGCAUCUAUCCUGCAAGCAGCAUGCCGCCUCAUCGGCUCAGGCUUCUCACUUACAACCGUAUCCUCGGAGAACGAGACUCAAACGUGGGAGAAAAUCCUCAACCUCGCUCUCGCCCGCCAUGAAGAGAUCGUGCACACUGCUGCAGCUGAAGCCGUCUCUCAACUCAGUACUAGUGUCGAUUUGUCAUCCAAGAUCCGAUUGACAUUAGACGGAUGGUCAAGUCUGACACUUGCUCAGCAGCAAAGCAACACGCUUCUGCUUGGUGCUCUUGACUUUCGUCGACAUGCGGAGCUGUUCGAGGCGGUAAUCAGGCAGUUGAUUUCUCUCGGUCGAACAAGUACGAAGCUGACACCGAAUGCGUUGUAUUCAGAGAAUAUCGAAGUCCGCCGUAACGCGGUGGACAGCAUCACUCGUGCCGUGGUGGGUUUACAGGAUCGAUUUACAGGAAUCUGCACCUCCGCACUGCUAUGGAAUGUGGUGGAGUCGAUGUUGGUCGGGCUGCAAGACUAUUCGACGGAUCAACGUGGUGAUGUGGGAUCCUGGGUUCGGCUCAGCUGUAUUGCUGGCUUGCGACAGAUCCUCAUCCUUCUCAAAGAGACUGAGACGAAGUCGUGGCUAACAGACGAAGAGUUUCAAAAAGCAAUCGGCGCGAUGUGGAAGCAAGCAGCAGAGCGAAUCGACCAUGUUCGACACACUGCAGGUACGAGCGUCCUGGCCGUGUACCACGCAUAUGACGAUGUCGCAUCUAGCGCAAAGCUAUCAGGGUACGAGAUCGUCAAGUCUACUUACGGACAUCACUGUCUCCGCCCAUUCGAGCAGUCAGCAUCCCACUUACCCAUUCCCAGCGCAGCAAACAGCGAAGAAGACUCAACAUUUCAUCGCAGCUUUAGAGAUCCCAAAGUAGCUUUCCCUCGUCUCUGCCAGCUUCUCUUCAUCCCCGCAUACCGCGCUCCGAUUCUGGAAGGCCUCAUCAUCAGCGUCGGUUCCAAAUCCGACCUUGGCGAACGCAUUAUCGGUCCCGCGCUCACCUCCCUUCCCACCACCUCUGCAGCAUACACCCUGGUCCAGCUGCUGGGCAACAUCUUCGAUCUGUGCAAACGCAAAUUCGGCGACAACCGAAUCUUCAUCCCCGCCAUACAAACCGUUAAUCUCCUCCUCGAGAACGGUGCCCAUGAAGAUGGAAUGGGUGACAUUCUCAUUAGGCUAGUCAAGAUGGCAACUACAAAUGUUGGAAAGAUUAAAUCUGUUCCUCGUCUGCUGGCAUCUGCUGCUCUGUGUGCGAACCUUAUCCUGGCCAUCACCAGAGAGAAUGAGGAAGAUGGGAGGGAAAAGAUGGUUCUUCUGUUGGUGAAGACAGUGGAAUCGUUUCUAACACAUUCUUUUCCAACGGUCAGGGUCAAGACGGCUGAACAGCUCUAUGCUGUCCUUUCCUCUAGCGCUUCAUUUGACGAAGAGGAAGGUGGCAAACUGGAAACAUGGCAAGAACUCGAAAUGACUUUGCUCGAUACGAAGUGGGGCGCAGCUUCGGGCGUCGAUGAAGCGACUGUCCAAAGCAUAACCGCUGCUCUUCCUCGUCUUUUGUCUUGA